AUGGUCAACCAUCAACAACUUUUAUUCAAGCAAUUGAAACAAAUUGAUUCUGUAUUUAUUUAUUCUCCAUCAUCUGAUGCAGUCGCCGACAUUACUGAAACACAACAUAGUUAUCUUGUUAACUGGUGUGAAAAUAAAUCAGUACUUAAGGAUAGAAUAGGCAAAUCUCAUGAAGAACUUGAUAAACACAUAGCUACGUCUAAAAUAUAUAAUAAAAAAGAAAAAGCAAUACGUAAUCUUUCAAAAGAAGCUGGUUCAUUUUUAUAUUUUCAAUUAUUUAAAAAUAUAUUAAAACAUCUUCCAAAAACAAUCGAAGCAAAAAAAGCUAUGAUUACAAUUUGUCGAAAUUAUUACCGUGAAAAUUUAGCUGAAUUAGCAAAUAUUGAUGAUUUUGAUAAGACAUAUAAAUCAGUUGAUGCUAUUCUAUGGUAUACAAAAGACACAUUUGUUAAUAAAUUUAUUAAUAAAGCUCUUCGUACAGAAGAUAUUGAUGUUUUAUUUCAAUUUCGUUUUUAUAUUAUAGAUUUAAGUGAGCAACUUGAAUUAAAAUUUCAAGAACUUAAAGAAAAACAAAAAGAUAUUUUAAAACUUUAUCGUGCGAUACAAUUAAGUCAAGAUGAACUGACUAAUUAUCAAAAUAGUAUUGGAAAUUUAAUAUCAAAUAAUGAAUAUUUAUCAACAAGUAGCCAACGUUCGGUUGCUUAUGAUUUUUUAACAAAAUUUACUAAACAAGAAGGUAUUGUACAUGCUUUAGUCGAAUAUUCAGUGAAUUUAAAUGUUGUUCAGAAAAUUACUAUCGCUGAUGUUCGACAAUAUUCAGCAUUUCCGGAAGAAACUGAAUUUGUCGUUGAUAUCGAAGGAUUAUUUCAAAUCGAUUCAUAUGAAUAUAAUGCUGUUAAAGAUUUAUGGUAUAUUAAAGUUCAUGCAACUGAUCAAGGCGAUGAUUUAAUUGCUGAAUAUUUCGAAUAUCAAAAUGAAAAGAUGACUAAAUCAAAUAUUAUCGUAUUCUUUGGUAAUUUACUUAUUGAAAUGAGUGAAUAUGAUAAAGCUCAACGAUAUUUUGAUACAAUUCUUAGUUCAUCAUAUCCAAAUGAUGAAGAAAUUGCUUGUAUAUUUUAUAAUUUUGGUCGUAUAUAUCGUUUCCUAGGUAAUUUUUAUCGUGCAUAUCAAUUACAUAUGAAUGCUCGACUAAAUCGUAUAGCAAGUGCUGGUAAAACAUUAAAUGGACUCGGACUUGUUUAUAUUGAACAAGGUAAUGAGAUCAAGGCUGAAGAAUGUUUUAAACGUGCUAUGCAUUUAUAUAAAAAAAGUAUACCAAGAAAACAUAUUGAAGUUACUGGAACAGUAAUUAAUUUAGGUAAUCUUGAUUGUAGUCGACAAAAUUUUGAACAAGCAAAGGAAAUUUAUGAUAAUUCUCUUCCAUUACUUUAUCCAAAUCGAGUGUUACUAAGAGUUAAUUUAGGUAAUAUUCACUUGACAGCUGGAAAUUAUCAAAUGGCUCUUGAAGAAUAUGAAGCGGUAAUAAAAUUACAAGAAACAUCAUUACCAUCUAAUCAUCCAGAUAUUGCUCGAACAUUACACAAUUUAGCGAUUGUUCAUGCACAUCAAGGAAAUAAGAACGAAUCAAAAAAUAUUUAG